CACCCCCGCGGGCGCGGCACGGCUCCGUGUACUCACGCACUGCGGCGCCCACACGCACGCGAAGCCCGUCGUGAAGAUCGAGCGCGUCUGCGUGCUGCAGGAAUACCGCGGCAAGGGCUGCGGCACCGCACUGAUCAGGGCGCUGGAGGCGUACGCGCGCGACAUGCUGCACUCGCCAGCGCUCAUCCUCCACGCACGAGUGAACUCUAAGGAAUUCUACACCCGCCUCGGCUACAGUGCGAAGUCGGAGGUGUAUAUGGAGGCUGGCAAACAGCACCUCACUAUGGCAAAGCUGUAG